AUUGAAUGAUUCGUGCUUCCCCAAAUUAUUUUAUUACAUGAUUUUAUUUACAACCCAAAUCUCUCAGUCUCAGCAUUUGGAACGAUAGCUCAUUUUUUGAUUGACAACGUAUUAUAUUCCCCCCUGCCCCCUCCCGCCCCAUCCAGUGAUUUCAUGCUGCACUACGUUCACAGUCGUGCGUGUCUUUGACGUCAGGAGAGCACAAGCGGAGCGGAAGCGCUGCGCACAAGCCCGGCCAGCAGCAUCAGCAUCUCUCCCGGAGGCAAAGAGCGCACAAUCCCGGGCACAGAUCGCCAUUUAGCUGUAGUGUGGUGAAUCCCAUCAGUGCGACAGGAUGCCCCUAGGAGAGGACAGCAAUGGGUGGAAGAAGAAGACGUCCGACAUUAAAGAGCAUUAUGACUUCAAAGAAGUGCUGGGGACGGGUGCUUUCUCUGAGGUGCUUCUUGCCGAGGAGAAGAGGACACAAAGGCUGGUGGCUAUCAAGUGCAUCCCCAAGAAAGCGCUGGAAGGCAAAGAGAACAAUAUAGAGAAUGAGAUCGCGGUACUGCACAGAAUCAAGCACCCUAACAUCGUCUCGCUGGAGGAUAUCUUCGAAAGCACGUCUCAUCUGUACCUCGUCAUGCAGCUAAUCGUGGAGAAGGGCUUCUACACAGAGAGAGAUGCCAGCCAGCUCAUCCACCAGAUCUUGGAUGCGGUUAAAUAUCUUCAUGAUAUGGGGAUCGUGCACAGAGACUUGAAGCCGGAGAAUUUGUUGUAUUACAGCAUGGACGAAGACUCUAAGAUCAUGAUCAGUGACUUCGGCCUGUCCAAAAUUGAGGGAGCGGGCAGCGUUAUGUCUACAGCCUGCGGGACUCCCGGAUAUGUAGCUCCUGAGGUGCUCGCGCAGAAGCCGUACAGCAAAGCAGUCGAUUGCUGGUCCAUAGGAGUCAUUUCUUAUAUUUUACUUUGCGGUUAUCCUCCAUUUUACGACGAAAACGAUGCCAAGUUAUUUGAACAAAUCCUGAAGGCAGAGUAUGAAUUUGACUCGCCGUACUGGGACGACAUCUGCGAUUCAGCGAAAGACUUCAUCUGCCAUAUGAUGGAGAAAGAUCCUUCUAAAAGAUACACAUGUGAACAGGCCCUCCAGCACCCAUGGAUCUGUGGAGACACAGCUCUGGACAAGAACAUCCAUGAAUCCGUCAGUGCUCAAAUCAAGAAGAACUUUGCCAAAAGCAAGUGGAAGCAAGCGUUCAAUGCCACGGCAGUGGUGCGUCACAUGCGCAGGUUGCAGCUGGGGACCAGCGUGGAGGGACCUAGUCAGAUCACCCCGACCAGCCCCUGCCACGGACUCCUGCUGCCAGAGGAGGAAGAGGAAGAUGAGUUGGGGAAUGGCGAGAACGACAGUUUGUCCCAUUACAGCGAUGACCGCCGUGGAAGUGCAGAGGGCAGCACAGACAGAGACAGCCUGAGGAGCUGUACUUACUGCUGCAGGCCGGCCAGUCGCAUCUGAACACAACCUCACUGUCUUUUGUUUAAUUGACUUUUCUUCCCUUCCCAAAAUGAUUUUAUUUAGACCCUCUGGAGUGCACAGAGAACUGGUGCUCACCCAGUCUGGCCAGGAAUGCAGAGUAGCGAUCGUAAGGUGUCCAGUGCGUGGACCAUUAUCUUGAGACAGUCCCCGAAUGGCAGACAUCGUCAUGCCUACCCUUAGGUUAGUUGUGACAUCUAUCUAGUUUUACCCUUUCAGGGACAGUGGUUACUACAGUGCACAGUUUAUCGUGUUAUCAGGUUACAAGGUGCAUAAAGGGGUUAAUUAAAGGCCAUCUGCUCGUUUUGCCUUCAUUCGGCCCCAUGCCAAAAUCCAUGCAUUCUUUAUAUCUCCACAAGGGGGUGCUAAAGACUAAAUGCAUGCUUGCAGGCUCAUCAGAUGGCCCUGUGCGGCCACAAACUUUAUAUCGUACAUACCAGGAACCCACCACUCCUGGGAAGUGGCCACUGAGCUUAGAUUGUCAGAGAGUGUCAUCAGAAUGGUGCAACAUAGCGACUGGAAGACUCCCAGAAAAAUUUAGAAGUGGAGAUCAUUCAUGGAGCCAUCACCUGUUGUGAAUUUGGGCAUUCCUGACAGAAGCACAAGUGGUGCAGAAAGGACCGAAACAUUGAGCAGUUUUCAAAUUGUUUACCUGUAAGGGUUAUAGUGUAUUGUACCUGUAAUUUACUUCUGAGUGUGAAUCAGGCCAUGUUCAGUUGAACCCAAAGCAGAUAGACUCGCAGGAAACCUCAUGUGGUUACACAGAUUAACUGUACCUUCAGCCAUCGAGUGGAAAAUAAUGUACCGUAAUGGUUUUGUUAGUAUCUAAGUUGACCGGCAAUGAUUGAUGAACAAAGGUACAUAUUUGUAAUAAGGCCCGACCUAUUAAUCGGUUACAAGCAAUGCUUUGGUGAGCUGUGCAAGUUGUGCAAGUAAUUUGUAGUAAAUAAAUAAUACUUUUCAGACUAAUUAAGUGAAAACGAAUAAUUUCUUGAAGCACAAUAAAUGAGCUUUCAAGAUAUACUCAAUAGAAAUGCUUAGGAGUCACUGGUCAAAGUGGUGCGUUUAAACGAUUGUUCUGGCUCAGACUGGGUUGGUAAGAAGCGGUUCUGACCUGAAAGUGUAUGCAUGUCGGGAGGGUCGGGGGUUGCGGGAGGGAGGAAGGGGGGUUGGACAACAUGAAAGCUUAUGAAGAUUAUUUUUUUGAGGGGGUUUGUUUUAUGGCUGUUUUGUUGUUAGAGUCUCACACUGAGAUCCCCUCACCCCCAAUCCCUAUCCUACAACAUUUGUUGUAAUAGGACGUGCCACUCAGUCUCAAAAGUGCAUGAUGUGGAAAAGUCCCCCUCCCUUCCAAAAAGAUCAAUCAUCCAUUUUCUAUGCGAAAAGGUAGACGACACCCUGGACUGCUUUCCAGUCAAUCACAACUUAAGUGUUCAAACCCACACAAGUCAGGCGACUGAGUCGUUAUAUCAUCAGUGAUCCCCCCCACCCCCGCCCCUCCCUCAUGCAAAAAUUUAACCCACAAAUUCUCAUCAUAUAAACUAAAAAAAUGCUUGCUCAAUCGUUACUGUCUGGGAUCUCAGUGUGGGCGCUUGGCCUGCUCUGUGCUGUGCAACCUCUAGUGGAAGUUGGUCUACUGUUUGCAUGACCUGGUUAAUUCAAUAUGUUUACAUGAAUGAUAACUUAGUAUACACAUGAUGAUGACUAUGAUUAUUAUUUUUUUUAAUUAUUAUCUUUAUUAUUAUUAUUGCUACUCUGUGGUAUUGACAAUGAUGUACUUGAAAUUCUUUUGAGCUCUAUAAUGUGAAGUGAGUAAAACCAAAAGUAAUGUUGACAAAGUACAAAAACACAGCACAGUAGACGUAUUGUUUGACAUUUCUCGCAAAUGAUUAUUAUGUUUUGCGUUUAUUCAUUUGUAAAUGACUACUUGGACAAAAGUAUUGGGACACAUUACAUCUACAAGAAGGGAACACGGAGGAAAAUAUGGAGCUGGUCCCUCUUUACAACGUUAAUAACCCCCCUUUUACACAGAGAAUCUGCAAAAUGUAACAGAAGAUUUUCCUCACCUGAGACUUUUACACAGAAGUCAGCAAAAUAGUGUCUUUGGAUACAAGUUUUUUGAAGAUAUAAACCGCCGUGCUGUUUGGUGUUUGUGAACUCAACUCACGUCAAAACAAGCAGCAGUUUGGUAGACAGUAAACAAUUUUUUAAAAAGAAAAAAGAGGCAUCAAGUUGUUGACUGCCAUUCCCGCUUGGAGUUUACUGUCAAACGAAACAUAAAACAACUUGACUUA